AAACUUUCAUUCACUUCCUGUUUCCACUGUUAGUCUGACUUCACUGGUUGGUCCCAGAGUAUCAGAGACUCGUCCUCAGACAGACGCACACAGAUGGCAGAUCCAGGCUCUCAGCCUCCAGCUGAAACUUCCAGUCCUCCCCCAGCCAGAAGCUCUGACGCUGGGCUGAGAGACUUUGAUCCUUCCCUGGAUCCAGAAGUCCAGGAGGGAGAAGGAGAACAGGACCUGCUUCCUGAUCUGGAGAGGCCUGAGGGAAAGAAAGAUGGAGCAGACAGAGCUUUGAACAAACCUCCUGAGCUUCACCUCCACAAAGGUGUGACAGGUGAAGGACACCGGCGAAUAGGAGGACAGAAACUGAGAGCCAUUAGUCACAUGACUUCAGCUGCUGGCCCCUCGGUGUCUGGUAAAAGGACGAUGCUGCUGUCCAAUGAGGCGAGGAGAGAAGUAGCCAAACAGGCGAGAGCCGUGAAGGAGGAACGGCGGGCAGCUCUGGAUGCCCGACAUAAAUACCUGAUGAGCAGGCUGGCAGACGCCGGCAGCCUGGAGGAGGCGGCGGUGGAAGACGCCAUGGUCUCUGAUGACAGAUUCAGUCUGAUCCAUGAAUUCUUUGCUGCAAACGGAUCCAAGAAGCUGAUUUUCUUCUAUCAGGAUGUCAAACAGAGUCUGUCCUCCCGUCAGUCUUCCUCUGUGGACGCAUCAAACUCAGCUGUGGCUCAGAGGAAACUCUUCCUCACUACGGGGAACUCUGAGCCUUUACUGGGGAAAUGUCUGUUCUUCCUGAGAACCUGA